UCUCCUCGAUCUGUCAUCUCCAACCUCCUUCCCCCAAAUUUGGAUCAAACGAAAUCGCUAAUUAUAAUCUCGUAAAACACGUCGCGAACGAUCGAUUGGAACGAGACGUUUGGUUUGGAUCCCAUUUUUUGGGGGGAAUUUUUUUUUGUGAUUUGUAGCGGCGGUUAGGGUUUCGGAUCUGGUAAUCCGGCGAUGAACAACGGCGAGCAGCAGAUGAUGGCGAUGAUGCCGCCAGUGCCGUACCAGGUGUGGGCGGCGGCGCUGGCGCAGCAGCGUCAACAGCAGCAGGUUCCGCCGGCGGCGAUGGCGCCGCCGCCGGGGUUCAUGCCGCCGGCGCGGCCGGCGUGGAAGCGGGCGGGGCGGAAGCAGCGUCAGCGGAGGGCGGCGGGCGGGAGGUGGGGCGGGUCGGAGGCGCCGCGCAACACGACGUCGUACCUGAUGCAGGCGAAGCGCGCCGGCGGGGCGGCGGUGCCGUCGCCGUGCGCCGUGACGCCGGCGGUGCUGCCGACGCCGGUGCUGUCGCCGGCGCGCGAGGUGCUGGUGGAGAUGGCCAAGGAGGCGUGGGGCGUGGACGGGUACGGGUCCAUGAAGGGCCUCAUCCGCCUCCGCCCCCAGGCCCCCGGCGCGUGGGCGGAGGACGGCGACGGCGGGUCCGGCUCCGGCGAGAGCGACGUGGAGGAGCACGUCGAGGUGGAGCGCCGCCUCGACCACGACCUCAGCCGCUUCGAGAUGGUGCAGCUCCCCGCCGCCCCUCCGGCGGCCGACGACGACGACGAGGUGGAGGCGCGCGCGGCGAGGCUGGAGGAGGAGAACCUGACCCUCCGCGCCAGGCUGUUCCUCAUGGAGCGCGACAUGGCCGACAUCCGCCGCCGCCUGCAGGCCGUGGAGGCCCUCUGCCGCGACCGCCACCGCGACGGCUGCGUCGUGGACGGCCCCUCCGAGACCGCGGCCGGCGCCGGCGACGAGCCCGGCUCGGCCGACGCCAUGGCUCUGUGA